AUGUCUUCUUCAACAACCACAGCCCUCUUGUUCAUCUUCAUGAUCUUAGCUUUGAGUUCUCUUCCACCACUAACAUGUGCUUGUCGUGAUGAUCCUUAUUGCCACUGGCAUUGUCACCCCAAAUGCCAGAAACCACCUCGUCACGGCGGGCACAAGAAAUCGCCUCCAAAGCCGCCGCCAGUUACCGUCCCGCCGAUCAUAGUCACACCGCCACCGGUAUCCCCGCCAGUUAUAAUAAAGCCACCACCAGUCGCACCUUACCCGCCGGUUAUAAUAAAGCCACCACCAGUCGCACCUUCGCCGCCUGUUAUAAUAAACCCACCGCCAGUUGCACCUUCGCCGCCGGUUAUAAUAAACCCACCACCAACUGUACCUCCUCCGCCGUACUGGGUUCCUAGUCCUCCUCAAGCGAGGUGUCCCAUCGAUGCCCUAAAGCUAGGGCUGUGUUUGGAUGUGCUUUCAGGACUUGUGCAUGUGGGAAUAGGGAACCCUAUCGAACAUAUAUGCUGCCCAGUGAUCCAAGGAUUGCUUGAGCUUGAAGCAGCCAUAUGUCUUUGCACUGUGAUCAGACUUAAGCUUCUGAAUCUCAACAUUUUCGUCCCUCUUGCUCUUCAAGUCCUGGCUACUUGUGGCUUGACCCCUCCUCCUGGUUUUGUUUGUCCACCUUUAUAA